UUUCGCCUACCAUGUAAGACUUGGUUGCACCUUCGAUUGGGAUCGGUGGGCAAAUGCAAAAAAAACUAGCAAGCAACUUACGACCUUCGAUUGCUCACCCUUUUAUCGCCAAAUUUCAAAGGUAGACCGCCCAUUAAUGGCGGUUGCUAUCUCUUCCGCCAUUUCUCUCCGCCUACGAGCACCCAUAACUACCUUUAGUUUCUUUUCCCACUCUCUCUCUUUACUCCAUUUAAACCCUCGUAAACCUCCGUCUUUUCAUCCCCAUUCCUUCUUCUCCUCCCCUGCGCAGUUUCAACCUCUCUUUCCUCUCACUCAUCAUCAAAGAUGUUUCUGUGCUCUCGUUGAAGACAGCAAGCCAUCGGGGAAUGUCGCUUCUGGAGAAAAAGUCGGAGAGUUUCGAAAGAGGUUGAGGAUUGUUGAUAUUAAAGGUGGUCCUGAUGAAGGUUUGGAUCGUUUAGGUCAGAAUUUGGUUGUUAGAGGUUGGGUGAGGACUGUUCGGAUUCAGAGCAGUGUUACUUUUAUUGAGGUUAAUGAUGGGUCAUGUCUUUCUAAUAUGCAAUGUGUGGUGAGCUCAGAUGCUGAAGGUUAUGAUCAGGUGGAAGCUGGCCAUAUCUCUACGGGUGCAUCAAUUGUGGUCCACGGCAUUGUUGUCGGUAGCCCAGGAUCCAAACAGAAAAUCGAGUUAAAAGCUCACAAAAUUGUUACAAUUGGUGAAAGCGAUCCUUCCUUUCCCAUACAAAAGAAAAGAGUCAGCAAAGAGUUCUUGAGGACCAAAGCUCAUCUUCGUCCUAGAACUAAUACCUUUGGUGCGGUUGCAAGGGUGAGGAAUGCUUUGGCCUAUGCUACACACAAGUUCUUCCAAGAAAAUGGUUUUGUUUGGAUCUCAAGUCCCAUCAUCACUGCUUCAGAUUGUGAAGGUGCUGGUGAGCAAUUUUGUGUAACGACUUUGAUUCCGACUUCCCAGGAAGCUUUGGAUUCUUCUGCUGGUACAAUCCCCAAAACAGAGGAGGGUUUGAUUGAUUGGUCCCAGGAUUUCUUUGGGAAGCCAGCAUUCUUGACUGUCUCAGGCCAACUUAAUGCUGAAACAUAUGCUACUGCUCUGUCUGAUGUAUAUACUUUUGGCCCAACAUUUCGAGCUGAAAAUUCAAAUACUUCUAGACAUUUAGCUGAAUUUUGGAUGAUUGAACCAGAACUUGCAUUUGCUGAUCUCAAUGAUGAUAUGGCUUGCGCAACUGCUUACCUCCAGUAUGUAGUAAAGUACGUUCUUGAAAACUGCAAGGAAGAUAUGGAUUUUUUUAACACAUGGAUUGAGAAGGGCAUCAUUAAUCGGUUAAAUGAUGUGGCUACAAAAGACUUUGUUCAGCUAACAUAUACAGAUGCUGUUGAUGUUCUUUUGAAGGCUAAUAAGAAAUUUGAAUACCCGGUUAAGUGGGGUUAUGAUCUUCAAAGUGAGCAUGAACGAUAUAUUACAGAAGAAGCUUUCAGUGGGUGUCCUGUAAUCAUUAGAGACUAUCCUAAGGAUAUCAAGGCUUUUUACAUGCGGGUUAAUGAAGAUGGAAAAACCGUAGCUGCAAUGGAUAUGUUGGUUCCAAGGGUAGGUGAACUUAUCGGUGGAAGUCAAAGAGAAGAACGUCUAGAGUAUCUUGAAAAUCGUUUAGAUGAAUUGAAGCUUAGCAAGGAAAGCUAUUGGUGGUACCUUGAUUUGCGUCGUUAUGGAUCAGUUCCUCAUGCAGGUUUCGGACUGGGUUUUGAGAGGCUUGUUCAAUUCGCAACUGGCAUAGAUAACAUCAGAGAUGCAAUACCUUUCCCUCGAGCACCAGGCUCUGCCGAAUUUUGAUUUUCAACAUUCAGGGAGCUGGAAUUUUCAAAAUGCAGAUGCAAAUUAAUAUCAACUUGGCGAUUUUCUGCUUACCGAAAAUUCCUUUACUUUUUUUACGCUUUUUUUUUCUCAAAUUAUAUGCUUUAAUGUGGAAAGUAAACUUGUACUCGCCAUAGAGAAAUGUAGCCCCAUUGUGAUUCAGAUCGUCCUCUUCACCUUUUAGUUCCAUUUGAGUUUUUGUUGUUGGUAUCAUUUUUGAGACCAAUAAUUUUUUACAAAUUGGAUUGGUGCAAAUUGUAAAGAGAUUUAAAAAGUUAUAGAGAUUUAAAAACCCUUUUCUUCUUCC